AUAUAUUUCAUCAUCAACUUGGCCUAGUUUUCCUCUAUAUACCUAUCUACUGUCUAUCUAUUUAUAUAUAUGUAAGUCUCCCGUUCCUCAAACACAACCCAAUUCAUACCUCUCUUUCUUGUUCUUGUACGAUAUUGGUCAACAAACACACCUCAUCUCCUUCUUCUUCUUUUAAACCAACCGCAUCAGCUACGAGAAGAGAACAGAAAAGAAAAAUAUGGACGGAAGCUGCACAGAUGAGAGUACUGCUACUAGUGACUCCAUAUCCAUUUCCCCCACGUCCGCCGUCUCUCCCUUUCCUCCGCCAACUAAAUUUCCCGAGUCUCCUCUUUGCCGUGUUGGCAGCGGCUCUAGCGUUAUUCUCGACUCUGAAUCCGGCGUCGAAGCUGAGUCCCGUAAACUCCCCUCCUCUAAAUAUAAAGGCGUUGUCCCUCAACCCAACGGCCGCUGGGGUGCCCAGAUUUACGAGAAGCAUCAGCGUGUCUGGCUUGGUACUUUCAAUGAGGAAGACGAGGCUGCCAGAGCCUAUGACAUCGCUGCCCAGAGAUUCCGUGGCCGCGAUGCCAUCACUAACUUCAAGCCUCAAGGUGCCGAAAUCGAGGACGACGAUAUCGAAACCGCCUUCUUGAACUCCCAUUCCAAAGCUGAAGUCGUUGAUAUGCUCAGGAAACACACGUACAACGAUGAACUGGAACAGAGCAAGCGAAACUACAGAAUUGAUGGGCAAGGAAAGCAGCAUCGAAACCCAGGCGCCAAUAAUGUUGCACUCUCUGGGUCGGGACGCGUUCUGAAAGAACGUGAACAGCUUUUCGAGAAAGCGGUGACCCCGAGCGACGUUGGGAAACUGAACCGCUUGGUUAUACCCAAACAACACGCAGAAAAAUACUUCCCUUUACAGAGCGGAAGCAAUAGCACAAAAGGGGUGCUGUUAAAUUUCGAGGAUAUUACAGGCAAAGUGUGGAGAUUUCGCUACUCUUAUUGGAACAGUAGCCAGAGCUACGUAUUAACAAAAGGGUGGAGCCGGUUCGUCAAAGAGAAGAACUUAAAAGCCGGUGACAUUGUCAGCUUUCAAAGGUCGACCGGACCAGAUAAGCAGCUUUACAUAGAUUGGAAAGUGAAAACCGGGUCGAACUCGUUGGUUUGCUCGGUCAAACCGGUUCAGAUACUGAGAUUGUUCGGGGUCAACAUUUUUAAAGUACCUGGAAACAGUGGUGUGGCGGAAGGAGCUGGUGGGUGUAAUGGGAAGAGAACGAGGGAAAUGGAACUGUUAUCAUUAGAAUGUAUUAAGAAACAGAGGAUAAUUGGGGCUUUGUAACAUUUUGUAAUUUUCCUUUUUUUUUUUUUUUUUGGGUAUUUUGUUAAAGGGUUUCCAGACGGAGGAUGAGAGAAGGGCGGGCAGGCAGGCAGGUGGUGUUGGCUGCAAGUUGCAAAAGGUGAAUUGUAUAUUACAAGACAACUAAAAAAGCUGAAAAAUUAGGUGCAACAAUUUAAAUGAAAAAAAUAGAAAAAAUAAUUAACUGUCAA